GCGGCUAAAGACACUAUCCACCGGUACACUCCGGUGCUCGCCUCGCUUCUUUUUCUGUGUGGCUGAACUGCCAUAGACUAAAGCUCACCUUAGUUUCCCAGCGCAUCUAAAUUUCCAGGUGCUGACCAUCCAUUGGAAAGUUACGCACGGCUCAUUGGAGAGAUGGAAGAGUAGUUUGACUUCUGUUCUUGGAAUUAUCAAGCAUCGGGAAACUCUCGUAGCAUCUGGCUCCCUGGGCUGAAGUUACAAGGAGCUCCAAGGGUAGAAAUUGGAAGAUGAAAGGCGAGAGAUUAAGCUGAAAGGAACAGUGGGUGUUGUCAGAGAUUAAACUUGGAGACAUCCAGGGAUGCCAGCUCUGUAAGAAUCAUGCAGGUCACAUGGUCAGGUACCACAGUCCUCAUCAUUUUCACCUUGCUGCAGUUUGUCCAGUCGGAGCUGUCGGAAGGUCCUUUGGUUCCAGACACGGAUACUCAGGAGGGGACUAGCAGUAGGGCCACAGAGGCCCCCACUGCAGAACACGAUGACGACAACUCUCUGGGCUAUACAGGGUCCCGUCUGCGGCAGGAAGACUACGCACCCCGCAUUGUGGAACACCCCUCUGAUCUGAUCGUAUCCAAGGGCGAACCAGCCACCCUAAACUGCAAGGCGGAGGGGCGGCCCAACCCCACCGUGGAGUGGUACAAGGAUGGAGAGCGUGUGGAAACGGACCGGGACAACCCUCGAUCCCACCGCAUGCUCCUGCCCAGCGGCUCGCUCUUCUUCCUGCGUAUCGUACACGGCCGUCGCAGCAAAACCGAUGCAGGCUCCUACGUUUGCGUGGCCCGUAACUACCUGGGAGAAGCAGUCAGCCACAACGCCUCACUGGAAGUAGCUAUUCUUCGAGAUGAUUUCAGACAGAACCCUGUGGACGUGAUGGUGGCAGCGGGCGAGCCAGCGGUCAUGGAGUGCCAGCCACCCCGCGGACACCCAGAACCCACCAUCUCCUGGAAGAAAGAUGGAGUGACCAUAGACGACAGAGAUGAGAGGAUAACGAUACGAGGAGGAAAACUGAUGAUCACCAACACCAGAAAAACGGAUGCAGGGAAGUACGUGUGUGUGGGAACCAACAUGAUGGGGGAACGGGAGAGCGAGAUCGCAGAGUUGACCGUUCUCGAGAGACCCAGUUUUUUGCGAAAGCCGAGCAGUCAGUCUGUUCUGGUGGACCAGAGUGUGGAGUUCAGAUGUGAGGCUCAAGGGGAUCCUGUGCCCACCAUCCGCUGGAGGAAAGAGGACGGAGAUCUUCCCAAGGGAAGACAUGAGAUCUGGGAGGACCACACGCUCAAACUGAAGAGACUGACUUCAGGAGACGCCGGUACUUACACCUGUCAGGCAGAGAACAUGAUGGGGAAGACGGAGGCCAGCGCCACCCUCACAGUCCACGUUCCUCCUGUGUUUGUGAUGCGACCCAGGAAUCAAGUGGUCGGUAUGGGUCGCACCGUGACCUUUCAAUGCGAAGCCACAGGAAGUCCUCAGCCUGCCAUUUUUUGGCAGAAAGAAGGCAGUCAGAACCUUCUGUUUUCUUCUCAACCUCCUCCACCUUCCAGUCGAUUCUCUGUCUCUCAGACGGGCGAUCUGACCAUCACAGCAGUGGAGCGUUCAGACGGAGGCUACUACAGCUGUCAGGCUUUGAACAUCGCUGGCAGUGUGAUCACCAAAGCCCUGCUGGAGGUUACAGACGUGAUCUCAGACAGACCUCCACCCGUCGUCCGCCAGGGUCCCACCAACCAGACCGUGGCUGUGGACGGGACGGUGGUCCUGGGAUGCCAAGCCACCGGCACGCCGACUCCUACCAUCUUGUGGAGGAAAGAUGGUGUCCUGGUGUCCACCCACGACUCUCGCCUCAAACAGCUGGACACGGGAGCCCUGCAGAUCCGUUACGCUAAGCUGGGAGACACUGGCAUGUACACCUGCACCGCCUCCACCCCCAGCGGAGAGGCAUCCUGGAAAGCUUACCUGGAGGUGCAAGAGUUUGGUGCUCCGGCUCAGCCGGGUCGACCCACAGAUCCCAACCUCAUCCCAAGCGCCCCCUUCAAACCAGAGGUCACGGAUGUCAGCCGCACCUCUGUGUCUCUGUCCUGGAAGCCCAACCUGAACGCUGGAGCCACGCCCACCUCUUACGUCAUAGAAGCCUUCAGCCAUGCGGCGGGCAGCAGCUGGCAGACGCUGGCGGAUCACGUGAAGACUGAGAGCUUCGUCCUAAAGGGUCUGAAGCCCAGCGCCAUCUACCUGUUCCUGGUGAGAGCGGCUAAUGCGUACGGCCUGAGUGACCCAAGCCCCAUCAGCGACGCUGUCAAAACACAAGACGUCCCACCAACCAGUCAGGGAGUGGACCACGGGCAGAUCCAGAGGGAGCUGGGAGAUAUCGUCAUUCACCUCCACAAUCCCACAAUUCUCUCCUCGUCAUCUGUCAGAGUCCAGUGGACUGUCGAGCAGCAGUCUCAGUACAUUCAGGGCUAUAAGGUGAUGUACCGGCCGUCCCCAGAGGGCGCUCAGCAGCGGGUGGAAUGGGCCAUGUUUGAGGUUCGAACCCUGGGGGAGAACAGCGCAGUCGUCACCCAGCUCAAGAAGGGCGUGACCUAUGAGUUCAAAGUCCGACCUUUCUUCAAUGAGUUCCAAGGCACCGACAGCGACAUCAAAGUGGGCAAGACCCUGGAGGAAGCGCCCAGCGCCGCUCCCAGGGGUGUCACCGUAACAGGAAGCGGAGACAACGGCACAGCUAUUCUGGUAUCCUGGCAACCGCCCCCAGAGGAGGAGCAGAACGGCGUGGUGCAGGAGUAUAAGAUCUGGUGUCUUGGUAAUGAAAGCCGAUACCACAUUAACCGCACAGUGGAUGGAUCCACGCACUCGGUUCUGAUUCCCGGCCUGGUUGCAGGGGUCACGUACAGGGUGGAGGUGGCAGCCAGCACAGGGGCCGGUCCCGGGGUGAAGAGCGAGGCUACAUCCUUCCAGCUGGACUCGUCAGGCCGUGUUCUCCCGCCGCCGCUGGACGAUGACAAUACAAUUUCCCAGCAGAUCUCAGACGUGGUGCGUCAGCCGGCCUUCAUCGCGGGCCUCGGCGCGGCCUGCUGGAUCAUCCUCAUGGUCUUCAGCAUCUGGCUGUACCGCCACCGUAAGAAGAGGAAUGGCCUCAGCAGCAGCUACGCCGGCAUCCGCAAAGUGCCCUCCUUCACCUUCACCCCCACAGUGGCCUAUCAGAGAGGAGGAGAAGCUGUCAGCAGUGCUGGAAGGCCAGGUUUGUUGAAUAUAGGUGAACAAGCUACCCAGCCUUGGCUCGCUGACACAUGGCCGAACAGCUGCUCCAAUCACAAUGACUGCACCAUCAACUGCUGCACCGGCAGCAAUGGAAACAGCGACAGCAACCUGGCCACGUACAGCCGCCCAGCCGACUGCAUCGCCAACUACAGCAACCAGAUGGACAACAAGGCCAGCAACCUGCUGGCUCCCGACACGGGCCUUUACAGCGACGUGGAUCUUUCCAACAAGAUCAACGAGAUGAAGACCUUCAACAGCCCCAACCUAAAGGAUGGCCGUUUCGUGGGGCCUGGCGGUCAGCCUACGCCCUACGCCACCACGCAGCUCAUCCAGUCCAGCCUGGCCAACAACAACGUGAACAGCAGCAGCGGCGGAAGUGGAGGAGGAAGUGCCGACCUCAACGAGAAGCAGAGCUGGAAGAGCAGCCAAGGAACACCUCAAAAACAGGCCGACAUCAACACGCCACUGCAGUAUAACGUCAUGGAACAGAACAAACUGAAUAAGGACCACUAUCGAGGUGAGGGGCCCAUCUCAGGCACCAUCCCCUAUAGCCAGGCCCAGGACGCCCUUACAGGAGGAACCUACAGCAGCUCUGACAGAGGGAGCAGCACCUCUGGAAGUCAAGGACAGAAAAAAGGUGGGCGAACAACUAAACAGGCCAAACAGAACACAAUGAAUUGGACCGAACUGUUGCCUCCUCCUCCGGUUAAUCCACCACCGUGUCAGGAAUACACCCUCGUGAUGGACGACAGUUAUGACACAGACCUGCAGUGCCCUUUGCCGCCGUCGCGUAUGUAUCUGCAACCUGACGAGCUGGAAGAGGAGGAGGAAGAGGUGGAGCUGGAGCGUGGACCUACGCCGCCCAUACGGGGAGCUGCUUCCUCACCUGCCGCUGUGUCCUACAGUCACCAGUCCACCGCGACCCUCACCCCGUCCCCUCAGGAGGAGAUGCAGCCCAUGCUACAUGAUAACCCUGACCUACACGAGCGCAGGCGACUCUUGGUGAGCCCACCCCCUCCACCACGCCCCCUCUCCCCUCCGCACACGUACGGCUACAUAUCCAGCCCCCUGGGUCUGGACACGGACGGCCUGGAGGAAGAAGAGGAUGAGGAAGAGGGUGACGAGAUGGAUGCGGAGGUGGCUCGAGUCCACCAGCUCCACACCCACCCUCACCAGCAGCACUUGCCCCAGCAGAGGGCUCUCCUGCGGGGCCUGGAACAGACCCCGGCCUCCAGCACCUGUGACCUGGAGAGCUCUGUCACCGGGUCUAUGAUCAACGGCUGGGGCUCGGCUUCAGAGGAGGACAACGCCUCAUCGGGUCGUUCCAGCGCCGUCAGCUCAUCGGACGGAUCUUUCUUUACCGAUGCUGAUUUUGCCCAAGCUGUAGCAGCUGCGGCCGAAUAUGCUGGUUUACGAGUGGCAAAGCAUCCUGGGAAAGGCCACCAUCAGCUUCCAGUGUCUGGAGCACGGAAAUACCAAAACCUCCCUGUGGGACACCGUCCAGGCAGCCCAGUGUCCACAGACAGUAACGUUAGCGCAGCCCCGGGUCAGAGGAGGCCUCUAAAGAGGCAAAAACAACAUCCAGCUGCUCAGACAGGCUUUCAGCGCCGAGAGGCCUACUCAGAGGAUCUUCCCCCUCCUCCGAUUCCUCCUCCAGCCAUGCUGAAGUCUCCAACACACCCGGCCAAAACCAUCCCAGAGGACCCACGGAGGGCCAUGUUGCCCAGAUCCAGUUCUGCUGAUGGCAAGGACAAGCGAACGGGUUCGGGCGGACCCAGACCCCGGGAUGGCUCGGACACUCGGACCAGCUCUUCAGAACGGCGGGAGGGCCAGGAUGUAAAGAAGAGUCAGAGAACGGGGAAAAGCAACAAACAAGAUGCCGGUGCAGGCCAUAAGAGCCGCCAGCACCCAGGCUCAGAGGACAUCCUACCUUAUAGUCGCCCAUCUUUCCCAGGCAUCCACAGUCCUCGUGGAGAAAGGGACCCCAGCUCUUCCAGUUCACUGUCCUCUCGAGGAUCCGGUGGACGGCGGAGAGGUGAAGGGGCCCGCAGAAACCCUGCAGAUUUUGGGCUGAACACCAUAGGAGCCUUCCAGACAGGAGGGGAGGAGCUUGAGAUGGUGGAGAGCUGAAGAUAAAAAUAUGGCUGUCAAAUGUUCCUCAGCAACCAUCUUCAGCACAGUUUGACCAUCUCGGCGGUAUCUUUUACUGAAAACUACCGACAUAGAGUCACGUUUGGAAAACUGACCAACCAUUCUUCAUUUAUUUCCCUUAAUUUUCGAUUGUGCAUUUAAAGAAGAAAAGACAGAAGAAAAAACAAAG